AUGGUCGCUUCCCCGUCUCGCCGCCUCCACGUAUCGCCGCCUCCACGUAUCGCCGCCUCCAUGUAUCGCCGCCUCCCCGUCUCGCCGCCUCCCCGUCUCGCCGCCUCCACGUAUCGUCGCCUCCACGUAUCGUCGCCUCCACGUAUCGCCGCCUCCACGUAUCGCCGACUCCAUGUAUCACCGCCUCCCCGUCUCGCCGCCUCCACGUAUCGUCGCCUCCACGUAUCGCCGCCUCCACGCAUCGCCGCCUCCACGUAUCGCCGCCUCCACGUAUCGCCGCCUCCACGUAUCGCCGCCUCCACGUAUCACCGCCUCCCCGUCUCGCCGCCUCCCCGUCUCGCCGCCUCCACGUAUCGCCGCCUCCCCGUAUCGCCGCCUCCCCGUCUCGACGCCUCCACGUAUCGUCGCCUCCACGUAUCGCCGCCUCCCCGUAUCGCCGCCUCCACAUAUCGCCGCCUCCCCGUAUCGCCGCCUCCCCGUCUCGCCGCCUCCACGUAUCGCCGCCUCCACGUAUCGCCGCCUCCACGUAUCACCGCCUCCCCGUCUCGCCGCCUCCCCGUCUCGCCGCCUCCACGUAUCGCCGCCUCCCCGUAUCGCCGCCUCCCCGUCUCGACGCCUCCACGUAUCGUCGCCUCCACGUAUCGCCGCCUCCCCGUAUCGCCGCCUCCACAUAUCGCCGCCUCCCCGUAUCGCCGCCUCCCCGUCUCGCCGCCUCCACGUAUCGUCGCCUCCACGUAUCGCCGCCUCCACGUAUCGCCGCCUCCCCGUAUCGCCGCCUCCCCGUCUCGACGCCUCCACGUAUCGUCGCCUCCACGUAACGCCGCCUCCACGUAUCGCCGCCUCCACGUAUCGCCGCCUCCACGUAUCGCCGCCUCCCCGUAUCGCCGCCUCCCCGUCUCGACGCCUCCACGUAUCGUCGCCUCCACGUAUCGCCGCCUCCACGUAUCGCCGCCUCCACGUAUCGCCGCCUCCCCGUAUCGCCGCCUCCCCGUCUCGACGCCUCCACGUAUCGUCGCCUCCACGUAUCGCCGCCUCCACGUAUCGCCGCCUCCACGUAUCGCCGCCUCCCCGUAUCGCCGCCUCCCCGUCUCGACGCCUCCACGUAUCGUCGCCUCCACGUAUCGCCGCCUCCACGUAUCGCCGCCUCCACGUAUCGCCGCCUCCCCGUAUCGCCGCCUCCCCGUCUCGACGCCUCCACGUAUCGUCGCCUCCACGUAUCGCCGCCUCCACGUAUCGCCGCCUCCACGUAUCGCCGCCUCCACGUAUCGCCGCCUCCCCGUAUCGCCGCCUCCCCGUCUCGACGCCUCCACGUAUCGUCGCCUCCACGUAUCGCCGCCUCCACGUAUCGCCGCCUCCACGUAUCGCCGCCUCCCCGUAUCGCCACCUCCCCGUCUCGACGCCUCCACGUAUCGUCGCCUCCACGUAUCGCCGCCUCCCCGUAUCGCCGCCUCCACAUAUCGCCGCCUCCCCGUAUCGCCGCCUCCCCGUCUCGACGCCUCCACGUAUCGUCGACUCCACGUAUCGCCGCCUCCACGUAUCGCCGCCUCCACGUAUCGCCGCCUCCCCGUAUCGCCGCCUCCCCGUAUCGCCGCCUCCCCGUCUCGCCGCCUCCACGUAUCGCCGCCUCCCCGUCUCGACGCCUCCACGUCUCGCCGCCUCCACGUCUCGCCGCCUCCACGUAUCGCCGCCUCCACGUAUCGCCGCCUCCCCGUAUCGCCGCCUCCCCGUCUCGCCGCCUCCACGUAUCGACGCCUCCACGUAUCGUCGCCUCCACGUAUCGCCGCCUCCCCGUAUCGCCGCCUCCCCGUCUCGACGCCUCCACGUAUCGUCGCCUCCACGUAUAGCCGCCUCCACGUAUCGCCGCCUCCACGUAUCGCCGCCUCCACGUAUCGCCGCCUCCCCGUAUCGCCGCCUCCCCGUCUCGCCGCCUCCACGUAUCGUCGCCUCCACGUAUCGUCGCCUCCACGUAUCGCCGCCUCCACGUAUCGCCGCCUCCAUGUAUCACCGCCUCCCCGUCUCGCCGCCUCCACGUAUCGUCGCCUCCACGUAUCGCCGCCUCCACGCAUCGCCGCCUCCACGUAUCGCCGCCUCCACGUAUCGCCGCCUCCACGUAUCGCCGCCUCCACGUAUCACCGCCUCCCCGUCUCGCCGCCUCCCCGUCUCGCCGCCUCCACGUAUCGUCGCCUCCACGUAUCGUCGCCUCCACGUAUCGCCGCCUCCACGUAUCGCCGCCUCCAUGUAUCACCGCCUCCCCGUCUCGCCGCCUCCCCGUCUCGCCGCCUCCACGUAUCGUCGCCUCCACGUAUCGCCGCCUCCACGUAUCGCCGCCUCCAUGUAUCGCCGCCUCCCCGUCUCGCCGCCUCCCCGUCUCGCCGCCUCCACGUAUCGUCGCCUCCACGUAUCGUCGCCUCCACGUAUCGCCGCCUCCACGUAUCGCCGCCUCCAUGUAUCACCGCCUCCCCGUCUCGCCGCCUCCACGUAUCGUCGCCUCCACGUAUCGCCGCCUCCACGCAUCGCCGCCUCCACGUAUCGCCGCCUCCACGUAUCGCCGCCUCCACGUAUCGCCGCCUCCACGUAUCACCGCCUCCCCGUCUCGCCGCCUCCCCGUCUCGCCGCCUCCACGUAUCGCCGCCUCCCCGUAUCGCCGCCUCCCCGUCUCGACGCCUCCACGUAUCGUCGCCUCCACGUAUCGCCGCCUCGCCGUAUCGCCGCCUCCACAUAUCGCCGCCUCCCCGUAUCGCCGCCUCCCCGUCUCGCCGCCUCCACGUAUCGUCGCCUCCACGUAUCGCCGCCUCCACGUAUCGCCGCCUCCCCGUAUCGCCGCCUCCCCGUCUCGACGCCUCCACGUAUCGUCGCCUCCACGUAACGCCGCCUCCACGUAUCGCCGCCUCCACGUAUCGCCGCCUCCACGUAUCGCCGCCUCCCCGUAUCGCCGCCUCCCCGUCUCGACGCCUCCACGUAUCGUCGCCUCCACGUAUCGCCGCCUCCACGUAUCGCCGCCUCCACGUAUCGCCGCCUCCCCGUAUCGCCGCCUCCCCGUCUCGACGCCUCCACGUAUCGUCGCCUCCACGUAUCGCCGCCUCCACGUAUCGCCGCCUCCACGUAUCGCCGCCUCCCCGUAUCGCCGCCUCCCCGUCUCGACGCCUCCACGUAUCGUCGCCUCCACGUAUCGCCGCCUCCACGUAUCGCCGCCUCCACGUAUCGCCGCCUCCACGUAUCGCCGCCUCCCCGUAUCGCCGCCUCCCCGUCUCGACGCCUCCACGUAUCGUCGCCUCCACGUAUCGCCGCCUCCACGUAUCGCCGCCUCCACGUAUCGCCGCCUCCCCGUAUCGCCGCCUCCCCGUCUCGACGCCUCCACGUAUCAUCGCCUCCACGUAUCGCCGCCUCCCCGUAUCGCCGCCUCCACAUAUCGCCGCCUCCCCGUAUCGCCGCCUCCCCGUCUCGACGCCUCCACGUAUCGUCGACUCCACGUAUCGCCGCCUCCACGUAUCGCCGCCUCCACGUAUCGCCGCCUCCCCGUAUCGCCGCCUCCCCGUAUCGCCGCCUCCCCGUCUCGCCGCCUCCACGUAUCGCCGCCUCCCCGUCUCGACGCCUCCACGUCUCGCCGCCUCCACGUCUCGCCGCCUCCACGUAUCGCCGCCUCCACGUAUCGCCGCCUCCCCGUAUCGCCGCCUCCCCGUCUCGCCGCCUCCACGUAUCGACGCCUCCACGUAUCGUCGCCUCCACGUAUCGCCGCCUCCCCGUAUCGCCGCCUCCCCGUCUCGACGCCUCCACGUAUCGUCGCCUCCACGUAUCGCCGCCUCCACGUAUCGCCGCCUCCACGUAUCGCCGCCUCCACGUAUCGCCGCCUCCCCGUAUCGCCGCCUCCCCGUCUCGACGCCUCCACGUAUCGUCGCCUCCACGUAUCGCCGCCUCCACGUAUCGCCGCCUCCACGUAUCGCCGCCUCCCCGUAUCGCCGCCUCCCCGUCUCGACGCCUCCACGUAUCGUCGCCUCCACGUAUCGCCGCCUCCACGUAUCGCCGCCUCCACGUAUCGCCGCCUCCCCGUAUCGCCGCCUCCCCGUCUCGACGCCUCCACGUAUCGUCGCCUCCACGUAUCGCCGCCUCCCCGUAUCGCCGCCUCCACAUAUCGCCGCCUCCCCGUAUCGCCGCCUCCCCGUCUCGACGCCUCCACGUAUCGUCGCCUCCACGUAUCGCCGCCUCCACGUAUCGCCGCCUCCACGUAUCGCCGCCUCCCCGUAUCGCCGCCUCCCCGUCUCGCCGCCUCCACGUAUCGCCGCCUCCACGUAUCGCCGCCUCCCCGUCUCGACGCCUCCACGUCUCGCCGCCUCCACGUAUCGCCGCCUCCACGUAUCGCCGCCUCCCCGUAUCGCCGCCUCCCCGUCUCGCCGCCUCCACGUCUCGACGCCUCCACGUAUCGUCGCCUCCACGUAUCGCCGCCUCCCCGUAUCGCCGCCUCCCCGUCUCGACGCCUCCCCGUCUCGACGCCUCCACGUAUCGUCGCCUCCACGUAUCGCCGCCUCCACGUAUCGCCGCCUCCCCGUAUCGCCGCCUCCCCGUAUCGCCGCCUCCCCGUCUCGCCGCCUCCACGUAUCGCCGCCUCCACGUAUCGCCGCCUCCCCGUAUCGCCGCCUCCCCGUCUCGCCGCCUCCACGUAUCGACGCCUCCCCGUAUCGCCGCCUCCACGUAUCGCCGCCUCCCCGUAUCGCCGCCUCCCCGUCUCGACGCCUCCCCGUCUCGACGCCUCCACGUAUCGUCGCCUCCACGUAUCGCCGCCUCCACGUAUCGCCGCCUCCCCGUAUCGCCGCCUCCCCGUAUCGCCGCCUCCCCGUCUCGACGCCUCCACGUAUCGUCGCCUCCACGUAUCGCCGCCUCCCCGUAUCGCCGCCUCCACGUAUCGCCGCCUCCCCGUAUCGCCGCCUCCCCGUCUCGCCGCCUCCACGUAUCGACGCCUCCACGUAUCGCCGCCUCCACGUAUCGUCGCCUCCACGUAUCGCCGCCUCCCCGUCUCGCCGCCUCCACGUAUCGCCGCCUCCACCUAUAGCCGCCUCCACGAAUCGUCGCUUCCCCGUCUCGUCGCUUCUCCGUCUCGUCGCAUCAACUCCCCUGCAGUGCACCGAGCUACAGGGUCCUCAGUUCCGAUCAAGGAGUGUAUUAGCAUUUGGCUAUGAAAAAUACCAACAGUGGCGAAAUUUCCUCAGUGCACCAAUGCCGGGUAAACCCCCUGAGAGACCGUACCUUACGUGGUAA